GAGAAUAAAGGAGCAACCGCUUUGAGCUUCUAGGUGACUCCAGAGAACACGAACACGAACACAGUAACGAGGAAGGAGGAGGAAGUACUAGAAGUUGACAUGCAAUAUCUGGAAAACACUAGAAAAGGCUGCCACGUCAAAGAUAUUUGACACGUGUAUGCUAUGCUCCCUUCAGUUGGAACUCAAACAGGAAAAGCAGCGGCUGCAAAGUUCAUCAUCCUACCCUACUUGCUUAUUAUAGUAUUACCAACAUCUUCUCAAUCUUGUAUCACUUUUUGUCCAGCGUCUUCGAGACUCCGAAGAAAUUGAGUAAAGAAUGGAAUCAAGAUUAGCGGCCACCGCAAGGGUGAGUUUCCGGGCAUUUUCCGGCAGCGUGUCUCGCCACCAAUUUCUGCCAAGGGGACUGGCGACGGCCUUCAUCCCAACUCGUCACAUCGCUGACCCUGCCAUUCACUCCUCCGAAGCCUCUGAUAUUCAUGGUACGACGGCCCUCCCAACUCGUCGAGUUGCUGACCCUGCCGUUCACUCCGAAGCUCAUGAAAGGAGUGAUGCAGAGGAAGCCAUAACAGCUCAGAAGCAAACAGAGCACAAACACAUCAAAGAAAACGACCCAUUUGCCACCGUAAAACCACCAUACGCAUCAUCUCCAAAACUAGAGAGCACAGGGGUGAACCAACCCAUAGACCCCAUCAUACAACAAAAGCGCCGCCAAACGACCACCAUAGGCAGAGCACCCGUCGAGGAUGUAAGCUGCACAGGCCUCGACGGCACGCCAUGGCCAGAAGAAGAGAAAGAAGAUAGGCGGAGACAAGAGGGAGAGUACAAGGAAUAUAACAGUCAUCACAAGGCGUCACCGUUGUCGGAGAUUGAGGUGGUGGACACCAGGAAGCCCAUCACGAGGGCAACUGAUGGGACGGCUGAUUCACAUGCAGAUUUCUUGAAUGCUAGUGAUGAGGUGGUUUUGUGGAGGGAGGAGCAAUUGGAUACGGCGGAGGACUCGCUGAGGAGGGCUAUGGAGAUGUGGAAACAGUCUGAGAUUAGGGGUAUUCCUGAUUCUCCACAUGGAAGGGUUCUCAGAGCGCUUCGCGGUGAGGAUUGGUGAAUUUAAUGUUUGUUGUAAUUUUCUGGGGGUUUUGUACUAUUUUCUGUGUAGUUUGAAAUAUGAUGUUACAAAUUUUGUUGCAUUUUUCAAUUUUUUUCUUUUCUUGUUUUGUGGAACGAAAAAAUAAGCAUAAAGCUUGGUAGUUCGAAAAAACAUUGGCUCGAAUGGCUUAAGUAUCCAAAAUGACAUCGUUUUGGGUAUUUUUUUU